UUUUUUUUUUUUUAAUCCCCGCACCAAGCGCUUAAUCUCAUUGGGGUGGAGGAGAAGGCGGCGGCCGUCUGGUCUGCAUGGGCUACAGGAGCGUCUAACACGGCUAAUGGACUGCUGAAUUAUGAAGUAUUCCAGACCCAGGAGGAGAACAUCACUCUGCCACUCACUCCCUUCUCCCCUACUAGUUAUUUAAAUUGGACUUUUAAUAUCCUACCAGCUGCUCUUCAGACACACAUGGUGCAUUGUUGCCAUUCCCCAGAUUGCAUCUCUGAAACACAGGCUCUUAGUAACCUUCAGCAAACAAAGAGGCCGCCUCCCGGGGACGCUUGCUGGGAGGGUGUCACCCUGACUGCCCUCUAGCUUCAGCUGGCUCUGGAUUGGAAUUCCACCAUGGAGCCUCGCAUGGAGGCCUGCCUGGCACAGGUGCUGCAGAAGGAUGUGGGGAAGCGACUGCAGGUCGGCCAAGAACUGAUAGACUAUUUCUCAGACAAACAGAAGUCUGCCGACCUCGAGCAUGACCAGACCACAUUAGACAAACUCGUGGACGGACUCGCUACCUUUUGGGUGAACUCCAGCAAUUAUAAGGUGGUUCUCCUGGGCAUGGACAUCCUGUCCUCGCUGGUCACCCGGCUGCAGGAUCGGUUCAAGGCACAGAUCGGCACAGUGCUGCCGAGUUUAAUAGACAGACUGGGCGACGCUAAAGACUCUGUGAGGGAACAAGACCAGGCCCUGCUGCUGAAGAUCAUGGAUCAGGCUGCUAACCCUCAGUACGUGUGGGACCGGAUGCUGGGAGGCUUCAAGCACAAGAACUUCCGCACCCGGGAAGGCACGUGUCUCUGCCUGGUCGCCACACUCAACGCCUCUGGAGCACAUACCUUAACACUAAGCAAGAUUGUGCCACAUAUAUGUAACCUGCUCGGAGAUCCAAACAGCCAGGUUCGAGAUGCAGCAAUAAACAGCUUAGUGGAAAUUUACAGACAUGUAGGAGAACGUGUGAGGGCAGAUCUCAGUAAGAAAGGAUUGCCACAGUCCCGGUUGAAUGUAAUUUUUACAAAAUUUGAUGAAGUCCAAAAAUCUGGAAACAUGAUACAGUCUGCAAAUGAUAAAAAUUUUGAUGAUGAGGAUUCUGUGGAUGGUAAUAGGCCUUCUUCUGCCAGCUCUACGUCAUCCAAAGCUCCAGCAAGCUCCCGCAGAAACGUUGGAAUGGGGACUGCCCGCAGGCUCGGCUCAUCCACUCUUGGAUCCAAGUCUUCAGCUGCAAAAGAGGGAGCUGGUGCUGUUGAUGAAGAGGACUUUAUUAAAGCAUUUGAUGAUGUGCCUGUAGUCCAGAUUUACUCCAGCCGAGACCUUGAGGAGUCCAUAAACAAGAUUAGGGAAAUAUUAUCUGAUGACAAGCAUGAUUGGGAGCAAAGAGUAAACGCUCUAAAAAAGAUUAGAUCUUUACUUUUGGCUGGUGCUGCUGAGUAUGAUAACUUCUUCCAACAUUUGCGUCUUUUGGACGGAGCCUUUAAACUAUCGGCUAAGGAUCUGCGGUCUCAGGUAGUGCGGGAGGCUUGUAUCACCUUGGGGCAUCUGUCAUCAGUGCUGGGGAACAAGUUUGACCAUGGAGCUGAAGCCAUUAUGCCAACGAUCUUUAAUUUAAUUCCGAACAGUGCCAAAAUUAUGGCCACCUCUGGUGUUGUAGCUGUUAGGUUAAUCAUUCGGCACACACACAUCCCUAGGCUAAUACCCAUCAUAACAAGCAACUGUACUUCCAAGUCGGUCGCCGUUAGAAGGCGCUGUUUUGAAUUUUUAGAUUUACUUUUACAAGAAUGGCAGACACAUUCACUGGAACGACACAUAUCAGUAUUAGCGGAAACAAUAAAGAAGGGAAUACAUGAUGCUGAUUCGGAAGCACGGAUAGAAGCCAGAAAGUGUUACUGGGGUUUCCACAGUCACUUCAGCAGGGAAGCAGAGCACCUGUACCACACUCUGGAGCCCUCCUACCAGAGGGCUCUGCAAAGCCACCUGAAGAGCUCGGACAGCGUGGUGUCACUGCCCCAGUCAGACCGCUCGUCCUCCAGCUCGCAGGAGAGUCUCAAUCGGCCGCUCUCCGCCAAGAGAAGCCCUACUGGCAGUGCCACCUCCAGAGCUUCCACCGUCAGCAGCAAAUCCGUGUCCACCACGGGGUCCCUGCAGCGCUCUCGAAGUGACAUAGACGUGAACGCAGCCGCCAGCGCCAAAUCCAAGGUCCCCUCGGCUCCCGGUGCAGCGCCCUUCAGCUCCGCAGCGGCCUUGCCUCCGGGCUCGUACGCCUCCUUAGAUGGCACUGCCACCAAAGCGGAGGGUCGGAUCCGCACGCGACGGCAGAGCUCUGGGAGCGCCACCAAUGUCACCUCCACGCCUUCCGACAGUCGGGGCCGCAGCCGCGCCAAAGUGGUCUCACAGUCCCAGCGAUCCAGAUCUGCUAAUCCUGCUGGUGCUGGCAGCCGAUCAAGUUCCCCAGGGAAAUUGUUGGGAAGUGGUUAUAGUGGCCUUGCUGGGGGUUCCUCGAGAGGCCCACCUGCGACACCCUCUUCAGAAAAACGAAGCAAGAUUCCCAGGAGUCAGGGAUGUAGCCGAGAAACAAGUCCAAACCGCAUAGGAUUAGACCGGUUUGGGCUCGGCCAGGCAGGAAGAAUACCUGGCUCUGUGAAUGCCAUGCGGGUUCUGAGCACCAGUGCAGAUCUGGAAGCUGCUGUUGCUGAUGCUUUGCUGUUAGGAGACUCCAGGAGCAAGAAGAAGCCCGUGAGAAGGAGGUAUGAGCCGUACGGGAUGUAUUCUGACGACGACGCCAACAGCGAUGCGUCCAGCGUGUGCUCCGAGCGCUCGUACAGCUCCCGGAACGGGGGCAUCCCCCACUACCUGCGCCAGACCGAGGAUGUGGCCGAGGUACUCAACCACUGUGCCAGCUCCAACUGGUCCGAGCGGAAGGAGGGGCUCCUGGGCCUGCAGAAUCUGCUGAAGAGCCAGAGAACACUGAGUCGGGUCGAGUUGAAAAGAUUGUGUGAGAUUUUCACCCGAAUGUUUGCUGACCCUCACAGCAAGAGAGUUUUCAGUAUGUUUUUGGAGACGCUUGUGGAUUUUAUAAUAAUUCAUAAGGAUGACUUGCAAGACUGGCUUUUUGUUCUUCUCACACAAUUGCUUAAGAAAAUGGGAGCAGAUUUGCUUGGAUCUGUGCAAGCGAAAGUUCAGAAGGCUCUCGAUGUCACAAGGGACUCCUUUCCAUUUGAUCAGCAAUUUAACAUUUUGAUGAGAUUUAUUGUGGAUCAAACCCAAACUCCUAACCUCAAGGUCAAAGUUGCAAUCCUGAAGUACAUCGAGUCUCUCGCUAGGCAGAUGGACCCAACAGAUUUCAUAAACUCUAGUGAGACAAGGCUUGCUGUUUCUAGAAUUAUAACCUGGACGACAGAACCAAAGAGUUCAGACGUGAGAAAGGCAGCACAGAUUGUGCUCAUCUCUCUGUUUGAAUUGAACACUCCUGAAUUUACCAUGUUACUUGGUGCCUUGCCAAAAACAUUCCAGGAUGGUGCCACCAAACUCCUGCAUAACCACCUCAAGAACUCCAGUAACACCAGUGUGGGCUCUCCGAGCAACACCAUUGGCCGGACUCCCUCUCGACAUCCCAGCAGCCGGACCAGCCCCCUGACCUCCCCCACCAACUGCUCCCAUGGGGGCCUGUCUCCAAGCAUGCUGGACUAUGAUACCGAGAACCUGAACUCUGAAGAAAUCUAUAGUUCUUUGCGUGGAGUGACAGAAGCCAUCGAAAAGUUUAGUUUUCGAAGCCAGGAGGAUCUGAAUGAGCCCAUUAAAAGAGACGGCAGGAAGGACUGUGAUGUCGUGUCCCGCGACAGUGGCAUCACCUCCCCCGCCACUGAGGGCCGGGGCGGCAGCGACGCAGUGGAAGGAGGCCGGACGGCUCUGGACAAUAAGACCUCCCUCCUCAACACCCAGCCCCCGCGCGCCUUCCCGGGGCCACGGGCGCGGGACUACAGCCCCUACCCCUACUCGGACACCAUCAGCACCUAUGACAAGACGGCCCUGAAGGAGGCCAUGUUCGAUGACGACAUGGAGCAGCUACGAGACGUGCCCAUUGACCACUCGGACCUGGUGGCGGACCUCCUGAAAGAGCUGUCCAACCACAACGAGCGGGUGGAGGAGCGCAAGGGCGCCCUGCUGGAGCUGCUCAAGAUCGCGCGUGAGGACAGCCUGGGCGUCUGGGAGGAGCACUUCAAGGCUGUCCUGCUACUGCUGCUGGAGACGCUGGGGGACAAGGACCACUCCAUCCGCGCGCUAGCACUCAGGGUGCUGCGGGAGACCUUGAGAAGCCAGCCAGCAAGGUUUAAACACUACGCAGAGCUGACGAUCAUGAAGACGCUGGAAGCCCACAAAGACUCCCACAAGGAGGUGGUGAGGGCUGCCGAGGAGGCCGCCUCCACGCUGGCCAGCUCCAUCCACCCGGAGCAGUGCAUCAAAGUGCUGUGCCCCAUCAUCCAGACGGCCGACUACCCCAUCAACCUGGCCGCCAUCAAGAUGCAGACCAAAGUCGUCGAGAGGAUCGCCAAGGAGGCCUUGCUGCAGCUCCUCGCGGACAUCAUCCCGGGCCUGCUGCAGGGUUACGACAACACCGAGAGCAGCGUGCGUAAGGCCAGCGUGUUUUGCUUAGUGGCGAUUUAUUCCGUAAUCGGAGAAGAGUUGAAACCUCACCUGGCACAGCUCACGGGCAGCAAGAUGAAGCUGCUCAACUUAUACAUAAAGAGAGCGCAGACCACGAACAGCAACAGCAGCUCCUCAUCCGACGUCUCCACGCAUAGUUAAUGCGGCGCCAGAGUCCCCGUGUAGCCCUGGAAGCAAUCGGUGGUGCCUCUCAGAGAACUCCCCCUCCCCCCCAUCGGCUGCCCAGUCAGUACCAGGAGGCCCGCAAAUAUUUAUUACAAUCAGUAUUUUGAUCCCUUCCAGCUUUUGUGUAGAAUCAUACUGGUAUUGAAUGUAAAGGAAGCAAGGCCUGCAUUGCAUCUUCCUACAAAACAAAACAAAAGGAGUAAG